UUCAACGGAAACAGGAAAAAAACAAAAGAAGGGAAAAAAAAAAGUAACAGAGAGAAAACUGUUUCCGGAGAGAUUGUCCUUCGAUAAACGACUGUUCUGUUUGAGCUAAUCGAUCUAGUCGGAGUUGAGAGAGAGGGAAGGAGACGUAAUUAGAUAUAGAGAUUGCUUUACAAGGUUACUCGCCGGAAUUUUACGUGGAAUUAGGUGCGAUCUCGCCGGAAAAAGUGUCUACGGUCACUGGGAUAGGAUUGAUCUUUUGAGUUUGGAAUAAGAAGAUAAAAGGAAAAAAGAAGCAAAGAUGGUGAAUUCUAUGGUUGAACGGGCCACCAGCGACAUGUUGAUCGGGCCUGACUGGGCCAUGAACAUCGAGAUCUGUGAUAUGUGUAAUCACGACCCUGCAAUAGCAAAGGAUGUUGUUAAAGGUAUAAAGAAGCGCAUCGGAAGUAAGAAUUCGAAAGUUCAACUUCUUGCACUAACACUAUUGGAAACCAUUGUAAAGAAUUGUGGGGACAUUGUCCAUAUGCACGUUGCAGAGAAAGAUGUUCUACAUGAGAUGGUGAAGAUAGUGAAGAAAAAGCCUGAAUUUCAUGUCAAACAGAAGAUACUGAUUCUAAUAGACACCUGGCAAGAAGCUUUUGGUGGAGCAAGGGCAAGAUAUCCACAAUAUUAUGCUGCAUAUCAAGAGUUGUUGCGUGCUGGGGCUGUGUUCCCUCAGAGAUCUGAGAGGUCUGCGCCUGUAUUUACACCUCCUCAAACACAACCUUUGACAUCUUAUCCUCAAAGUCUGCGGAAUAAUGAGAAUCGGCUAGAGGCAGCAGAGUCUUCUGCAGAGUCUGAGUUCCCAACAUUGAGCUUGACAGAAAUUCAGAAUGCGCGGGGUAUCAUGGAUGUCCUUGCAGAGAUGUUAAGUGCAUUAGAUCCAGGAAACAAAGUGGGACUUAGGCAGGAGGUUAUUAUUGACUUGGUGGAACAAUGCCGUACAUACAAGCAAAGAGUAGUACAUCUUGUUAAUUCAACUGCGGAUGAAUCAUUGCUAUGCCAAGGGCUUGCAUUAAAUGAUGAUUUGCAGCGUGUACUAGCCAAGCAUGAAGCUAUUUCUUCAGGAACUCCUGCUCCUGCUGCACCUGAGAAACCAAAGCCUGAAUCUGGUGGGGCACUUGUGGAUGUUGGUGGUCCUCUAGUUGAUGCCGGAGGCAGCCACAAACAACCUGUCGAGGGAUCUGCUUCAGCUUCUGGUUUAAUGAAUCAAUUGUUGCUCCCUGCACCUCCUGCAACUAAUGGUCCAACUACUCCAGCAGCUGCCAAUCCCAAAAUGGACUUGUUGAGUGGGGAUGACUUUAGCUCACCAAAGGCUGAGAAUUCACUGGCUCUUGUUCCUGUGGGAGAGCCACAGCCAACUACUACUCCAUCUAAGCAGAAUGCCCUUGCUCUUUUUGACAUGUUUUCUGACAGUAGCAACCCCCCAAAUGCUGUCAAUGUGCACCCUGCCCAUUUAGCUGGACUAACAAAUUCUUCGACUCCUCAAAUCCAACAGCAAUUUAAUUCUCAUCCCCUAGAAGCUGGAAUUUACACAAAUGGAAUUGCCCCAAAUAUGGGAUCACCGCGGAAUGAGCAUUCACCAUACAUGCAAGCUGCUAGUCCUGCCUGGAAUGGACAUGUUCCUCAGCAACAGCAUCUGCAGCCAGCCUCACCAGUUUUUGGCGCUCAAGGCAGUGGGUCACUACCUCCACCUCCAUGGGAAGCUCAACCAGCAGAUGGCAGCCCUGUGGCAGGCACUCAAUACCCUCAACCAAUGCAAGUUACUCAGGUGGUUGUGACGCACGCACAGCCAGUACAAAGUGGCAUGCGGCCUCAGGCUCUGCAACCUUCUGUGAAUGACCAUUUAGUGGGUAUGUACAUUCAGCCCAUCACAACUGGCCAAUUGCUGCCAUUUAAUAACCCGGUUGGACAGAGCAAUCAGUUAGGUUUGCAUCCUCAAGCAGUCCAAGGAGGGACGUAUAUGGGUAUGCUCCCUCAGCCAAUGCAAACUGGGCAAAUAGCUGCAAUGUAUCCUCAACAUGUGUAUGGCAACCAAAUGGCAGGAUAUGGGUAUGCUCCACAAGGGACGCAGUAUCUUGAGCAGCAAAUGUAUGGGCUGACUUUCAGGGAUGAUAGCACUUUGAGAAACUCGUCUUAUCAGGUUGCCACAUCAUCUUACUUGCCACCCAAGAAGCCUUCCAAGCCAGAAGACAAGCUGUUUGGAGACCUGGUUGACAUUGCAAAACUCAAGACAACAAAAUCUACUCCUGAAAGAGCUGGUAGCAUGUGAUAUCAUAGUUGAUUACUCUGUUUUUCUUCUUUUUUUUUUUUUUUUUUUCCCUCAACUUGCUCCUUUUCUGUUUUAUUUAUUUAAUUAUUUUUAAUUUUCAAUAUAUAUCUACACAAUUUUUUUUUUCUUUUGAUCUCAUUUGCUCUAAUAUUUGUGGUUUCUGUUUGGCAAACCAUGUACAUUCGUUGUAGAGAAGAAAAGAAAAAUGUUGACAGUCCAAAUUAGGUUGAAUUUGAUAUUUGAUUCAUUCAACCAAAAGACAUCUUCUUUGUUGAAUUUUUGUUAAUUUUGGUUUAAAUGUAAUGAAACCGAAUAAAAUUUUAUUUUA